AUGAUCUCGUUUCCUCUACUGGCAUUACUACUCUCGUCAUCGCUCCUAGCGGUGGCUAGGCCGUCCCCUCACGAGCUGUUCCACAAGCUGGUGCUGACGAAUGACGACGGAUGGGCUGCGCUGACCAUUCGCGCGCAAAACGAUGCCCUCAAAAAAGCUGGUUUCGACGUUAUCCUGUCGGCCCCUGCAGUGGACAAAUCCGGCACGGGAUCGUCGGACGCGCCAGCGACCGUUGUGACCAAUGGAUGUGAAUACGGUACAUGCCCUGCUGGAGCUCCUGCUACCGGCUUCAAUGCGUCCGAUCCACGCUUGAACUACGUCAAUGCCUUCCCGGUGGAUGCCGCUCGGUUCGGUAUUCAGACGCUUUCUCCCAAAUUCUUCCAUUCCAAACCCGAUUUUGUGUUCUCGGGCCCCAAUGUUGGCAAUAACUUGGGGUCCACCGUCUUGAUUUCCGGGACCGUUGGUGCCGCGACGGAGGCUGCAAAAGAAGGCAUCCCUAGCGUCGGAUUUUCCGCGUCUGGCUCCUCGACUGCUCAAGUCUCCUACGCGAACGCUUCUUCAGCCCUCGCCACGUCAGCCGCGACCUACGCCGAGCUCGGGACGAUCUUCACGCAGAAGCUGCUCUCAACCCCCAAACCGAUCUUGCCUCGUAACAUCACGCUCAACGUGAACUACCCUGCCACGGGUACCAACUGCACGCAGCCGUCCGACUUCAAGUUCGUCUUCUCGCGUAUCUUCGUCAACACGAGCCAGACCGAUGUUGAGCACUGCGGGAGCGACCACCUGCCGGACGAGACGACGGUGGUAGGCACGACCGGCGGGUGCUUCGUCAGCGUGAGCGUGAUGAAUGCGGUGACAAAGUCGGACGUCGAUGCCAAGACGCAGGCAUUCGUGCUUAGGAAGAUCAAAAGCUUGCUGAGCUGCCUGCCAUAAGCGCUGGGUAUAUUGUGUGCGAGGACAGCUGUUAGAGUCGCGCAGAAUAUGAUUGGGUUCAUCGGGUGCUUUGUGUGAUCGACGAAUCUUCUCGUUUGGGUCCAGGCGUCCACGUUCUUCUGCUAUUACGCAGUAAUUGAUGAAACAUCACUCCGACUUG